AUGAAUAUCUCAAUCUCACGAUCUAUCACACAUCUCCUACAAAUCGACCAUUCAAAGCUUCUAACCAUGCAAGUCCUCGCAAGCCACCCUCCGAAUCCCCGGAGUGGUCUAGAAAUGUCCAUACCAACGAUAGGCCCAACAACAGAUAACGCCCAAGACCUGAGCGCCAAAACCCUCGAUGAAAUGCGAAGGAGAUUCCUAACAGAAUGUCAAAUCAUAUCAUCAAUAACAACUGCAUCUGCCCUGCAGCUGAAAUACGAAGCUCUUCAAGAAUUAUUCCACCUAAACCUCAACAGCCGGUCUCUGGAUACCUACCACCCUGCCACAAACGAUUUACUUGAUAAUCUAGCACUUCUACUCGAUAAAGGAAGAUUUGAGGAUUCGGUAGCAGUAGCACUCACAGCUUAUACAGGAAAGAGUAUCAGGUUGGUUAUACAACUGGGUCAAUCAAGUCUGAACGAGAAAUGCCGUCGUCGGGAUCCGGUGGAAGUUAUACGACAUGUGGAGAGGAUAUUCUACUUCAUUCACCUCUAUCACGAUUGUAGUCCCGGAGGAAGAUAUUAUCGAAAUGAUAUUCUAGACCCUAGGAAAGAUAUCUGGAUCGACUUCGCAUCCUACCAACUAGAACAAUCUUUUGAAAAACUACACGGACGGUUUCUUCAUCUCCAGAUUUUCUGUCAAGAAGCUAGGAGCUUCACGCUUCCUUUUCGGGUAUCAAUCACAAAAUCUUCAGAUAUUGACGACGCAUAUCAUAUACCCCCAGUCGAUGUAGAAUGCCCCCAUGUACUGGCCCAGUUAUAUGGAGAGUACCUAAACAGCUUAAACUUCUACGGACGAUCAAUAUCUCCUCCGAGAAAAUCUAUGAUGAGACUAACACCCGAUAAUUUCGGAAAGUGGUCAACUGUAUUUACAUGGUACUUCGGAAAAAUAGAGAACAGUCUUCAUGGAUUCGACAAAAGCAAGGUGGAUUUUAAAGAGGUGGCUAAGAGACUAACCACCCUCGCAGGGUUAGUUUCAAAUUCUCAACUAUUUCGCGAUUGGUUCAGCAUCAUUUCCAGAGGUAUUGCGAAGAAACGUGCCAGACGCAAGUACGAAGCUGCAGUUGGGAGGACAAAGGUACCGAAUUUUAGUCGGCCGCUUGGUCCGAAGUAUGGCCAUGAAAGGGAACCCGGCGUUCCAGAUUCCCCGCCAGAGCGGUCAAUUACAAAGGCCUUACAGCUGUCACUUGUUCCAAAGGGGCUACGCAAGAUAUUCGUGGAAUUGAAAGCGAGGAAAGAGGAGCUCGAAGCUUUGAGGGCCAGGUUGGAACAAGAAUUGCCUUUACCCCAACUGGGAGAAAACUCUCCUGGUUCCGAAGACCCAGAAGAUUACAGCGAUAUUGAAGGCGAUGCUGAUCAGGAGUUUUCUAUGAUUCAAGACAUCGCUAGACCAGGAAUGGUUGAAAACAUUACCUUUAAGAGGGUGAGUCUAAUAGCCCAGACUCUAUUCCUCACAAAAGAAGUUCUGCAAAGCAGACACCUCCACCGGUACAUGAAAGGUAAAAACCCCGAAAUCACCGUCCUCCCCUCCAUCAAAAAUGCAGAAACAACAGAACUCGAAUGUGAAAAUCUCACAAGAACAAGUUCUUGGUUACUCCCGCAACAUUACGGCCCUGGAAACCAAACCCGGGAAGUCACGGUCAAAAACUUCAUUUCCUCAAUGAAAGAAUCACUAGCAUCCAGACCAGCAAAGGCACGACAAUUAACCCGCAUGGUAAAAGAUACUCCAGAACACCCAAGAAUAUUCGUCCCUCAACAUCCCGAACUUUCUUUAUUAAGUUAUCUCGCAAAGCAGAAUAACGCCGGUGACUAUCCGUACCCGUACAUUGGCCUAGCAAAGCCGCCAUGCCUAGUAUGUGGGAUGGUCCUCCUCGGAUCGAAAAGUUAUAGUGCUAUGGGCGCGAAUCCAGACAGUCCGUGUAGCUGCCUUACGAGAGUCCCAAAAGAUCUUCCGGCUUUGGCGCAAGGCCUUAUUUAUAGUUCUAUUGAUAGACUUGCAGGGAAGGUAUCGCGGAGUUUUAAUCAAGAACGGAUUAUUGCUAGCUAUAGGGGCUAG